AUGCCUUGUGUUGUCAUGGAGACUGCUUUCACCAUCAUCUUCAUCGCGGGGUUCUGUGAAGGGGCCACAAUCCUGCUCAGGGAGCAUUUUUAUGUGAGUGAUUUUAAGAAUUGGGAUGAUGCGUCGCGGCACUGCCGAGCGCAGUUCACUGACCUUUCCCGUGUGCUGACCGAGGAUGACGUGGAACGGGUUAUAAACUCUGUUCCUGAUCGUGGCCCAACCUCGGCUUGGAUUGGUCUGAAGCAAGACAGCGAUAGACAGUGGAAAUGGUCAGGAGGCACAGCAUUAGACAUAAGCUUCAACAAAUGGGCAUCUGGCGAGCCAGGUUCUGACUACUGGAAUGACUGUGUUUAUGCGAGGGAUGGUCUCUGGUAUAACAAAGGAUGUGGUGAUCGUAUACCAUUCUAUUGCUGCAAGCCAUGCAACGGGGAGUUAACCGUGGUGCAGGAGAAGAUGACCUGGGAAAACGCUCUGGUUUACUGCAGGAGUAACAACACCGACCUCUCCAGCCUGCCCUCAAACUACACUGCUGAGAAGGUUAUAAGCAGCACCGUAGCCACGACUGACUUUGUUUGGACAGGUCUGCGAUUCCUGAUGGGAAAGUGGUUUUGGGUGAACGGAGAAGCUAUCGGGCUCGAGAUAAACUGGAAAUAUCCACAGAAUUCCGCGUGUCCGAGCGCUACACGCCGCUGUGGAGCCCUGUCAGUUCAAGAGAAAGUUUUUGUAGCAAUGCCUUGUGAUGAGGAGCUCAACUUCAUCUGCUACUCGAAGUUAUACACAGAGGGCCACUUUGGACAGAAACGACCCAGCAGAGCAGAGAGACAGAGGCACUCCACCAUGCCAACUCUUGUCAUGAAGACCGCUUUCACCUUCCUCUUCAUCGCGGGGCUCUGUGAAGGGACCACAAUCCUGCUCAGGGAGCAUUUUUAUGUCAGAGAAUUUAGGACUUGGAAUGAUGCGUUGCAGAAGUGCAAAACACAGUACUCUGGCCUUUCCCUUGUGCUGACCGAGGAUGACGUGGAACGGGUUAUAAACUCUGUUCCUGCUGGUGCUUCAGCUUCAGCAUGGAUUGGUCUGGUUCGACCCGAUGAUCACACUGGACUGUGGAUGUGGUCAGGAGUCACAGCAUUAGACAUAAACUUCAAACAAUGGGCACUUUACGAGCCAGAUUUUGACGACACACAUGACUGUGUUUAUGCGAGGGACGGUCGCUGGCACAACACAAGAUGUACUGAUGGCUUACACUACCAUUGCUUUAAGGCAUAUAACAGGGAGCUGACCGUGGUGCAGGAGGCGAUGGCAUGGGAAAACGCUCUGGUUUACUGCAGGAGUAAGUACACCGACCUCUCCAGCCUGCUCUCAAACUACACUGCUCAGAAGGUUAUGAACGGUAUAGGAAACACGGCUGACUUUGUGUGGACUGGCCUGCGUUUCCUGAUGGGCGAGUGGUUUUGGGUGGAUGGAGAAACUCUCACAGGCAAUAUAAUCUGGCAAUAUCCACAGAAUUCUGUGUGCCCGAGCACUACACGCCGCUGUGGAGCCCUGUCAGUUAAAGAAAACGUUUUUGUAGCAAUGCCUUGUGACGAGGAGCUCAACUUCAUCUGUUACACAAAGUUGUAGGGCCGUUAGGAGAGCGUAUGUACUUCGCACAGCAUUUUCUCACUUGCGAUUCAACUCUGCCAGCUGUGCUGGAAGCUUCAAGUUCAAAUUGUCUUUGAUUUGUCUCCUUUAAGUAAAUAUUUCUUACUUUACCAGUAUGAAAACUUUUGUGCUGUUCUGAAAAGUGUGCGUGCUUAACACGCCAUUUCUUCUGUAAAUUUUUACUUUAAGUUGCCUUUUAUUUGUCUCCUUCAAGUGACUUUUUCUUCAUGUUCUUAAAAAUGGGUGUGUUUCUGAAAAUUGUAUCUCUAUUAGAAUGCACUAACAUUCACACAUUUAUUUUUAUGUAUAAAGAAUAUGAAUAUUUCUUUAUAAUUUAAAUUAUUUUACAACUACAUUGGCAUGCUGUGAGCAAUAUACAAAACCUAGUACUGUUGCAUUUUCUUUUCGUUUGAAUGACUUUCUACUUGUUUCCCACAAUUCCAUCUCUAAUGUUCAGAUUAUACAGACAUUAUGCUUAUAUAAGUUGAGACAGACAGUAUGCUUAAUAUAUCAAUUUAUAGUCUAAUAGCAUUCAUGCAUUUAUGAUUGUCCAUAUAACUUUAAUCAUUUUUAUGUUGGCAUUGUCUUGCAACUGUAUAUACAAUCCUAUACUCCAGUAGCAGAUUGAAAGUUGUUAGGCUCACAUGGACAUAUCAUAGUCAAUACUUUAGAUACAUAAAACUUUUCAAUGGAGUGUAUGUACUUUAGUUUCGUUCAUACAUAUUUGUGAUGAUAAUUAUUAGUACCAAUGCAAUGAGAUAUUCUUUCAUUA